GCUUUACAAAUUGAUGUCAAAUUAAAUCUAAUUGUAUGCGUCUGAAUGGAAAAAAUGUAAACAGGGAUAGCGUCACGUGGAACGGCGCACCUUGGAAUGGAAUGGAACGAUUAUGCUACAAAAUGUCAAAAAAGCAAAAGUACGAAGGACUGUAGGGGCGGCGACCGCGGCUCGAAGGGAAAGGGGGAAGGGAAGCGUGGCCGUCAGUUUCUCGCCGACCGCCGCGACGCGAGUACGUCCCGAUGCGACCCGCGCCCUGACGCGAUGGCCUCGUCCACGAGCGGCAACAUCGUGAUCGAGUGGUUGCGAUCGCUCCACUUGGGCCAGUACGCGGAAAGUUUUAUAGACAAUGGUUACGAUGACUUAGAAAUAUGCAAACAGGUCGGAGAGCCCGACCUGGACGCCAUCGGCGUCCUAAAUCCGACCCAUCGUGCACGCUUGCUGCACUCCGUCAGAACUUUGAGAGAGGAAGGUGCAGCGGCUGUUUACUUCACGUUGGAGGAGGCGGCCGCCGCUCGGGAUUCCUGCCGAUGUGAGGAGGAGAACAGGAAGGAGCAGGCCUCGGCCGUAGUGGAGCCGGCGAAGUACGCGGACGAGUACGAGGAAGGAAAGGCUGAGCUGGUGAAGAUUCCUCGGAUUCAGCUGAAGCGUUUGCUGCGAGAGCGGCUGGCGCAGGACGGGAUCCGCCUGAGCCUGCAGCCGUACUCAACCACGGAUGGAGACCGGGGCUACCUCGAAGGCCUAGCGUCCCGCUACGCAGACCUCUUCUCCACGCACUACGGGGACGUCCUCGACCACCUCGAGGAGUUACGGAGACACGAGUGGGAGGAGAUGUCUCCUCGAAUGCGGGUCCUGGGUGGGCCUGGGACCCCGCAGACCCCGCCGUCAGCCAGCCCUGGGUCGCUGGCGCUGAACAAUCUGACGACCAGUCUGUCGCAGCCGAUUUAUGUGCCGGGAAAAUACUCGUCUUAUGUUCAACAGCCGUCGAGCUGCCUGACCGACAAGGAGGAGGACGAGAUCUACGGCUUCGGCUACGGGGUGUUCGGCAAGCAGAUGCUGCAGCGGCAGCAGCAGCAGAAGCAGCUGCUGCUAGCGCAGCCGACGCAGCCGCUCAUUCAUAACCAGCAGCAUAAUUAUCAGAGUUGUUUGAGUCCACGGUCGGCGUAUUUCUACGAAUUUCCCCCGAGUGUCUCCUCUGCAGACAACUGCCUGGGCACCGCCAAGAAGAAGGUGACCACGUUCUCACGUCUGCUGCGUGGACUCAAGUCUCAUAGGAAAGAGAAGCAUGGCUCCUGUUCGCCGAAACACCACAGUCCGAGGCAGAUCCUGCCGCCGCAGCGGGUGGACACCCCGGACAGCGUGCUGCAAAGCGGGCUGGGUCUGGGCCCGGGGCCCGACACGGCCCUGCGCUCCAUGGUAGACCCGAGAGACUAUGAUCGCCUCCGCUUCUUUCAAAUGAACGCCCAACCCAACACCUUUGAAGAGACUAUACAUAGGUUAAAAGUUCAAGAAGCAAUGAAGAAAAAAGACAAGAUAGCAAGAGAACAGGAAGAGAUUUUAAGGGAUAUUAGACAUGGACUGAUGAACAUGGGACGGGAUGGUGUGCGUGGACCUUUUGGAGACGACACGUAUAUGUACGACGACGAGGCGAGAGGCCUGUCCGGGCGAGGGCACUGGUAUGACGAGCCGCCGUACGAGAGCGACCCCGAAGACUUUCUCAUGGGCGGAGGAGCCCCGGCCGCCUCGUUUCAAAAUGGCCGCGUGUGCUUCACUCUCAACCUCCGCAAUGAAUCGAGAGGUGAAGGCGUGAUAUCUCUCAGAACCGCCGGCGAUAUAAGCCUAGCGAGAGCCCCUCGACGGGGAUUAAUAAUUCCACAGAGCGGACCCUACCCGACAACCGUGAUCCCUUUACGAACAGCAAGAGACCGCGAGAGCGGGGAUUACGCCGCGUCCGACAUACAGUCCAUAGGCUCGAGGCUGUCUGGAAUAUCGCUGGACUCCACGAGGUCAGAGAGGGAUUCGAGGAGAGGCUACCGGCAAAUGUCAGGAUACCGGAUAGGCGACCCACUAUCGCCCGCUUCCUCGGAUUACGAAGAUCAAGAAAGCGAAACUGAUUCACAGCAUAUAGCAACCGUGCACCAGUCGGCGGAAGAGUGCGAAGGGGUUUCCAACCUUGCAGGAAAAGUGCGGGGGCUUAGGCAAGAUGUACAAAGAAAAAUUUCAAGAUUACGACAAGAGACCGGACCGGAAGGCACCGACCGGCGGAUGAACGCAGACCAAGCGUUCCCUUGUUCUAAUAGUUCGUUCGAAAGUCUUCCCAGCGGAUCAGGCAGUAGCACACAAGCAUUGGUUCGAGCCGGUAGUAAUCACUCAUCUCUCUCGGCAGAAGAAAAUAUAGAAUUAAGUCCGGCCGGGCGGAGCUUACUCGCGCCGCAAAUGCUGUGCCGGGCGCGCGCGCUCGUCGAUUUCGUGCCCAAUAUUUACGACAAAGAUGCUUUGAGAUACAAGAAAGGGGACAUCAUCGAGGUAAUCAACAUGAACGCAUCUGGGAUCUGGCGAGGCGUUUUAAAUAACAAAGUUGGAAACUUUAAAUUCGCAAACGUUGAAGUACUAUCCGACAGAGAAACGAUGCGAUCGAGGUCAUCAAAAUGGUGCAAGAGUCGGGAGAGGCUUUGGGAAACGCGACCAAGAACGGUGGAAGAAUUGUUGAGGAGAAUAGACUUACCGGAGUACACAGUGGCCUUUGCAAGAAAUGGAUACGAAGAUAUAGAACUCUUUAAAGAAAUCGAACCAUCCGAUCUUGACUACUUAGGAAUAAUGACCCCUGAGCACCGCACUCGCAUUCUUGCUGCUGUACAACUGCUGCACCAACUCGAAUGAUUAUUUCUGAUUGUCUUAGGUGGCGGCGAAGGUGACUGUGAAGGAGAAGGCGGUGGCUCCAGUUCCGAAGGUGGUGAUUCGCCGUUCGGUCGUCGGCAAUUUCCCCGUGACUCCGGGUGUUAUGAAGCGGG